CAAACGUAAGUUGCCUCACGUGUGUCCUGCGUCAAAAAGUCUAAUUGCACGAGUAUUUUGGAGUUUUUUGAGUAGCUUCCUAUCAGCCAUGGCAGAUGACUGGAAGGAAAAGAUCAUCCAAGAGAAGUUAGGCGGAAAGAGGGACUGGACGGAGAGCGAAAGGGCUGAACUCUGUCGCCAGUUGGACCAGGAUUUGGACAAACACCUUGACACAGUCAGCCAAUCCAAAUAUGAAGAUGGGUGGACUGAAGAAAACUGGAGAGAGAAAAUGGCAGAGCAUCCUCUUUUUGCACCUUAUAUUCAAGAGGAUGGUUCAGCUGUGGCAGAGGCACCAAUAAAUCCACUGAGUGAGGGAUUGGCACAACUCAAGUUCGAUCCAGAGCACAACACCCCAACUGAAGUGGCAAUGAACUACAAGGAGGAAGGCAUCUUGCAGUUUAAAUACAAGAAGUAUCGCCUUGCAGUCGCUAAUUUCUCAGAAGGGCUGAAACAAAUGUGUCCAGACAGAGAACUGAAUGCACAGCUUUUAAACAAUCGAGCUGCAGCACAGUGGCACCUUGAGAACAAUCGAUCAGCUAUCAAGGACUGUGAACUAGCUGUCAAAUUAAAGCCAGACUACACGAAAGCUGUCAUGAGGGCAGUUGAUUGUGCGGUUAGAAUGAAAUCCUGGGACGAAGUCAUCACUUGGUGUGACCGAGGCCUCAGAUUAGAACCAGGCAGUGAUAAGCUCAAGCAAACAAGAAUAACAGCUAUGAAAGAAAAGAAAGUUAAAGAACGCAACGAGCGCAAGAAGUUGCAAGAGGAGAAGAAGAAGGAGUUUGAGGAGAAGAAUCUGAUCAAUAUCAUCGAGGGCCGUGGUGUUAAGCUUGGGAGUGCUGGGGUGAAGGGAUCUGCAUCCGUCACACUUGCAGACUUGGAGCCCUGUCAUCCAGCAGCUCAGGGAUCUCGUGUACACAUAAACGAAGAUGGUGAACUGGUAUGGCCAGUCAUGCUUCUCUACCCAGAAUACCAUGAGACCGAUCUCAUUCAAGAAUUUACAGAAAGUAAUUGCUUUGAAGACCACCUUAAUGUAAUGUUUGGUGAGGGCACACCACCUGCGCCAUGGGAUACAGAGAGAAAGUACCUUCCCCAAAAUAUGGUUCUGUACUUCGAGGACCAAGAAAAAAACAAACUGUAUGAGGUGGACCCCAAGCAGACCCUCCAGCAAGUGCUCGUGCAUCCCAAAUAUCGAGUGUUGGGCGGAACUCCAGGCUUCAUUGUACUCACCCGGGGAAGCAAAUUCGCCAAAGAAUUUUUGUCAAAGUAUGAAUGUUAACUUGAUAAACAGGAACUAAAUGUAGAGUUCAUAGACAGGGACUAUACAUCUAUAAUAAAUCUUAUACCACA